ACAAAUACCGAGGUCGUUUCUAUCCAUCGUAUUUUCGCCUCAACUCUCCUUUGUUACCACCGAUUUUAUUGGAGUAAUUCGACAUCCCUUUUGCGAUAUCGUCGUCUAUCAAUAUCCCCGGGCCCCCUGAAGUAUUGUAAGUGUCCCCGUUACGAUGGCUUCGCCGCCCAAACCCUGGGAGCGUGCCGGCGCGACAACUACAAACCUCGCUGUACCAACUGCAACGGCGACUGGUGCAUCACUACCGACUCCUCCCACCGCGAACGCAAUGUCGGCUCCAGCAUCAGUCAAUGCCGCCACCAAUUCUGCCACGAGUACACCGUCUAUUCCUCCACGUCCCGACUCUCUAAACUCGACCGUGAACCAGAACGCGUCAGCAUAUAGUCGAACCCCGUAUAACUCUGCCUACAGCCCAUAUUCAUCUCCUUAUCCUAGGUAUGGAGGAUAUGGUGGCGGAAUGUAUGGUGGUAUGGGUGGUAUGGGCGGCUACGGUGGCUACGGAGGCAUGAUGGGUGGUAUGGGUGGCAUGGGCGGUAUGUACGGUGGCAUGCCAGGAAUGAUGUCGGGUGAUCCCAACAAUCCCAAUAGCUUGACGAAUAGUUUUAGCAACAGCACUCAGGCUACCUUCCAGAUGCUGGAGGGAAUUGUUGGCACUUUUAGUGGAUUCGCACAGAUGCUUGAGAGCACAUACAUGGCAACUCACUCCAGUUUCUUUGCCAUGGUGUCUGUGGCUGAACAAUUCAGCAAUCUGCGCCAGACUCUAGGGUCAGUUCUCGGUAUUUUCACUAUGAUGCGAUGGUUGCGCACAUUGUUUGCCAAGGUGACCGGACGGCCUCCACCAGUUGAUGCAAUGGCACUUACCCCGGCAUCAUUCGCCCGUUUCGAGGGACGUAACGCGCCCCCCGUCCCCGGUCCCAGUGGUGCUCAAUCGAAGCCUAGCAGGAAGCCCCUAAUAUUUUUCCUUGUGGCGGCUUUCGGGUUGCCGUACCUUAUGAACAAAGCAAUCCGGUCCAUUGCGGCCAAUAACGAGCAGGAUGAGCGUAAGCGCAUGGAAGUGUCAGGUCAAAACGCAUCUAUGGAUCCUAGCAAACUCGAGUUCUGCCGCGUGCUUUACGACUUCACCCCCGAAGCCGGCAACGCUACCCAGGGUGUCGACCUUGCCGUCAAGAAGGGAGACUUCAUUGCGGUUUUGAGCAAGAGUGAUCCUCUAGGUAACCCAAGCGAGUGGUGGCGCUGCCGGGCUAGGGAUGGACGUCUCGGAUACCUCCCCGCAACAUUCCUAGAAGUAGCCAAACGACCAGGUCAAGCCGUUGCCGCGAUUAAGGCAGCGCCAGCUGAGUCGGUGGUAUCAUCAUCUGACAUUUCAGAACGGGAGGCGCCCACAGUUACUAGCAAAGCAGGCGAUAUCUCCCCCGAAAGCUUCCAGAAAUCGCACUUCUACUCGUAGAAGAGAAUGAGUGUACCUAAGCGUUGGGCCAUGCUAGCGAGUUAUCUAAAAACAAUCACUACAUCUCGUAUCGACGAUACCGACUUCCAACCACAAUGGGAUUAUGACUCGGGGUUGACAAGCGAAAUUAGUGAGGGGGAAUUGACGCUAUUAUUUAACAAAUUUUGGAGUGCAGCAGUCAAGAGUGUUACUCUAUUGUCGGGAUUUACUAGAGAUGAACCAUUAAAGGAGCAGACACGACGGACAUUGCCUAAUGGAAAAGGCAAUCAAAGCGAAAUCCCCAUCACUACGAGAACGGAUAGGCAACAAUUAAGCCAUCUGAUUCGGAUUGGAAAUUCCACAUCAAAAGACGAAGAUCCAGCUGUCGACAACACAGAGGCCAGGAUGGAUCACUCCUCAUCUAAAUGGCACCUCAG